UCCGGCUACGAGGCCAGCCCCUGAAUCCCAUUGGCUGACACUGCUCCGCGCCAUUGAAUACAGUCCCUAAAAGGGGGCGGGGCGCAACUAGCGUUUCCGCCGGGCAAUGGGGCCGCGCUUGCUGCCGCCGCGGCUCCUGCUGCUGUCGGCGCUCUUGCUGCCGCCACUGCUGUACGGAGCCGAGGACACGCCCCCGUCUCCACAGGACACGCUGUCGCUGUCGCCGCCCGUCGUGACGAACGGGAGCCAGCCGGGUGCACCGCACAACGACACACACCCGGGGCCACUGGGCUCGCCGGGCUCGCCGCUGCUGCGCUCGUUCUACGUGGUCACGGGCCUCAUCGUCCUAGCCGCUCUCUACUUCCUCAUCCGGGCAUUCAGAUUGAAAAAGCCACAGCGGAGGAGAUACGGGCUCCUGGCCAACACCGAGGACCCCACCGAGAUGACGUCAAUGGACAGUGACGAGGAGACAGUCUUUGAGACAAGGAACCUGAGAUGAUGUUUGGUUCAGAAAGGCAGCAUUUCCAGUGGCCCUGGGGGAAGGAUAAAAGGCAGGGGCCUUCCCAGUGCUUGGAACACCCCGCCUGGACCAGACAGCAUGUGUGGAGCCCUCCCGGCCCACUGGAAGCCAGCUCAGCCCUCUCUGCAGACAGGACUGCCCAGGUUACCGGGUGGAAGCCAGAGGGGCAGCCCUACACAGGACUCUGAGGCCCCUGGCCAUGAUGUGACUUAUACCAGUCACCCUCCCUGGUGGGAAUGCGGCAGCCCCAGGCUGAGGCCUGGAAGGCGGGCAGGCUGGGUGUCCUGUCUGGGGGCACCAUUCCUCUGGGGCGGGGACAAAUAAAGGCAGCAGUGCUUUUGUAGCCGGU